GGUCCUCUCACUCUCGGACACAGAAGAGAGCAGGUGCUGGGACGCGAUCUGAUCCUGUCUGCGGUGUGACUCACAGUAUCAUCAACAAACAUGUACUAUAAGGUCAGCGGAGUCACGGGGAAGUUAACGGGAGUGACAGCAGCGUCCGCUUACAGCCCGCAGGGGCUGAAGCCCACGGUUCCCUCUCAAGCUCCUCCCAUGAUCUUUGCGUUACCCACCAAGGUUGUUUCAGAGACCGGGUCCGUGGCUCACUACAUGGGAAUCAACAAAGUUCCUGAGCUGCAGAAGAUCUUCCAGAAAAGUGAUGGAGCACCGGUUCACCUGAAGCGUGGAGUCAUGGACAAAAUGCUGUAUAGGACUACGAUGGGCUUGACGAUUGGCGGCACCCUCUACUGUUUAAUGGCCCUCUAUAUCGCUGCCCAGCCCCGAAAAACACAGUGACUUGCCCUUCAUGUGCCCUCUGUAAUUAUUAUGGUUGGAGUGAUGACAUAAAAUUUUGUCACCCACUGGUUAUACAAGUACAUCUAAUCUGAGAAGCACCAUCUGAUUUCAUUGCACAUGUACAUUUAUUACAUAAGAGUUUAUUGUAUCCGGUUUCUUCUCAUAUGUAUAUCUGAUGGGUCCCUCUUUCUAGACAGUUGUUUAUCUUAACGGUCUGUUUAAAAAAAAUCAGGGAUACUGAAAUAAUGCACACACUGAUGAACUGAUUGAUUUGCUUCCCCUUUUAUCUUUUGAGUAAAUGACAGCAAGCUUGUGAGCCUGUAAAUGAACUCCUUGUAAUUUGUACCUAGCAGAAUAAAUAUAUUUUGUUUGUAAUAAGUGAACAAUUAAA